GGACUCUGUGCGCCCCGCGGAGGUAAUUGGCCGGAGCAGUGCCACCCAAAGAGCCACUGCUAAUAUAACUGCGUUGGCUGAGCCCCCUGAGCAUACAUUAAAUGGGAGGGGUGGCUGUAUAGGGACUGAGGAAGCAAGGAUCCCAUGACGCCCAUAGCUCCACAGUGACAUCAUCGGGUCUAAAAGAAGCGCAAGAGGGAGAUGGGAGGCACCUCACUUAUUAGAUUUCGUCGUAAGGUCCUGUUCACAAGUGAAGAUGCCUCUGCGCCUCUGCGAGGAAAUCUGUGAUGUGCGCCAGCGGAGCGGCUGAAUCAUCCCGGCAUCCGGGUGAACUUCCAAAAGACAAGAGGACCAGAGAACAACUCCUGAAACGCAGAGGCUGAAGUUGCUCUGUGGGAAUCAUUUCACUUCUGGGGAGACAGCGCGUUUUGACAAAACAUCUGGCUUCGUGCGCAGGGCUGGACAGACCGAGUUUAACUUUGUGUUCUCUCUUGUUCGAUUGACUGGAAACGCUGGCAUCAGCGAAGACUAUUCUACGCACUGAAACACUUUUGUCGUUUAUUAUUAAAUCGUUGUAAAUAUUUCAUUAGAUUACUUUCAUCUGUCCAAACCAUUCGUUGUUCGACAGUCAGAUGAGGCGUUCAGUUAUGCGCGCGUCUCCAAGCCAGGACGCACGGAGAUUGCACAAGUGACGAUAUUUACUCAGAUAUCUUAUAGACUAUUCAGUGUCGCUUCGCUGUAAACGACGUCAAUAUAGGUUAUGGUGAAUUGAAUUCUAUUCGACUUCAAGACUGCUUUUAAUCCACCGAGAGAAAAGGAUUAAUCAUCGUGACCUAAAGAAGUUUUAGUUCUCUGGGCUGCGUUGUAACUCGAAGCAGCAAUUGCCUCAAAUGUUUCUUCUGUUUUGAAGGGGGAAUAUAUUCUACAAAAUGACAUGGCUUUUUGAUUAAAAAAAAAAAAAAAAAAAAAGACAGAAAAAAAUAACUCGCCGACCUGCGUCUUUACGCACAGCCCAGGACAUUUUUUUCGUGCUUAAAAUGGACUUGGAAGACCUGCCGUGGAAGAUACAGGGGAGCGAUUAUCUGGAAACAACACAGAGGCAAAACUAGAAGAACUGAGACUCCUGGAAAUAUUAUCCCAGCAUGGCCUCGGUUCUGGACAGCGGCUGCUCCAUGGAGCUGAGCGGCUGGAACAGCAGCGUGAGCAUUCCCGGAGCCUCCGUGCCCUGCAACCAGAGCGUCCUGAAGCUCGCCCCUUACUCCCCUGAAGCCACGGCGGCAUUUGCCACAGCCAUAACCCUGAUGGUCCUCUUCACCAUCGUGGGGAACAUCAUGGUCAUCAUCGCCGUCCUGACUAGCCGGUCACUCCGAGGUCCGCAGAAUCUGUUCCUGGUGUCACUGGCUGCUGCGGACAUUUUGGUGGCCACUCUCAUCAUCCCCUUCUCUCUUGCCAAUGAACUGCUUGGCUACUGGUACUUCAAGUCUCUGUGGUGCGAGAUCUACCUGGCACUCGACGUGCUCUUUUGCACCUCCUCCAUCGUGCACCUGUGCGCCAUCUCAUUGGACCGCUACUUAUCAAUCUCCAGGGUUACCUACGGGCGUCAGCGGACUCCCCGGCGCAUCAAAGCGGCCAUCGUGGUAGUGUGGCUCAUCUCUGCCAUCAUCUCAUUCCCUCCUCUGCUCUCACUGAACAAAAGUGAGGGGGGCGACGAAGGGAGCGAGAGGGGACCCCAGUGCCAGCUGAAUGAUGAGCGCUGGUACAUCCUUUACUCUACCAUUGGCUCCUUCUUCGCCCCAUGCCUCAUCAUGAUCCUAGUCUACGUGAGAAUUUACCAAAUAGCCAAGCAGAGAACACGCUGCCCACCAGGAGAGCCCAGGAAGGAUGGGGUCAGUGCAACACCAAGUCAGCCUCCACAUCAUGUACAAGCCAACGGGAAGGAUGAUGAAGAAAGCACACCCCCUUCAUCUAACAAAACCUCAAACGCCAGACCCCCAACCCUCGCUAUCACCCCUUCUCCAACCCCAGCGGAGUCCCAAAGUUCCCAGAAUCCCACUCCCAAUAAUCUCCUGCAACCCCCAUCCCCUGCUCCAGCCAUGUCCCCUGUCGCAACUCCCUCCUCUGUGCCUCAGCCAGCCCCCAAGACGAAGGGGAUGGGGAAGAAAGGCAAGCGUCAGGCGGGGAAAAAGGCCGACAACAACAACGGUGACAGUUCAAGCACAGACAGCGACAUGGAGCACAGCCAGGGAGGAGGUCGUGGCAGCGCCAGCAUGCCUGGUUCACCUGCUGGAGGGGGGAUCCACUCCCCGGCCUCAGUCAAACGCUACCGGGACAUGAUCGCUACAUCAAAGGGGGCUCGGCUGGUGCCAGGGAGGAAGUCAAAAAAAGACAAUAACCCCGGAGCAGCGAGGCGUAAAGCCAUGGUGAACAGAGAGAAGCGCUUCACCUUCGUCCUGGCAGUGGUCAUCGGUGUCUUUGUGGUGUGCUGGUUCCCCUUCUUCUUCUCCUACUCUCUGCAGGCAGUGUGCCCGGAGGCCUGCUCCAUCCCGGGUCCACUUUUUACAUUUUUCUUCUGGAUUGGUUACUGCAACUCCUCACUCAACCCGGUCAUAUACACCAUCUUCAACAAAGACUUCAGAAAGGCCUUCAAAAAGAUUCUGUGCAGAAGCACCAAGGGCACUUUCUUUUAGCAUACGUAGAAACCCGCUGUAUAGAACAUGGACCCCGGCAAUGCCGUUUUCUGAGGCGUAAAAAAAAACAAAAAACCCAACAACUAACAAUCAUUUAAAUUUUUCAGAACACUCAAAGGGCUGUUUAAAAAAAAAAUCUUUUGAACUGAGGAAAUUCCAGCAUCAGUAUCAGAACUGCAACGCACUUCUACAGCCGCAGUGUGCAAACAGGCUACAUGGACUGUGAACUAAAUCUUAACAGGAUGUGGACUGAAAACAGGACAUGAAACUGCUUAGCGCUUCAGUAUUGCUGAUAAGAUUUUGAACUCAAAGUUUUAUCCCUGCAUCAAAUUGAAUAAUGACUAAUGACGGGAGACAAGAGCGAUGCAGCAUCUCAGAAGAAAUGUACACACUCUGCAUCAAAUUGAAGCGAGAACUGACUCUCCCGUGCAAAUGCGAACUGUUUCAUAUAUUAUAUAAAAACGUUUUCUAAUUAUUAAGGACUCCAGGACUAAGAAGGAAAAGUGACCUUAGAGUGCUGUGAGCCUAGGGCCUCCUGUUUAUCAAUAAAGAGCACAAGGAGCACACAAGAUUAGUGGUGAUUUCUUACGUCUGCAGUCUUAAUUUGCCCAGCUGCAGGGCAAACAUGUGUUCCUCGGUUUUUAUCUAAAAGUGCAACAACAAGAGAAGUAUUUCUGACGAUAUCAGAUGUGAUAGCACAAACAAGAGUGCCCUUUCAGUCUCGUGGACUUCAGUGUGGAAAGCCUUCAUGUCAGACACCUUUGCUCUUUGCUUGGCAUGCAUCCUAAUGGACUCUCAGGUUGUUUAUAGGGACUCUCCUGGCUUUUCACCCUUCCUGAAAUGCACAAUAAUGUAAAGACUGGUGGCGUUUGGACUUAAUAGACGCAUUACUUGUCUGUUAAGUCCAAAUCUCGAGAUGUCACACCUCAUCUUCUUAGCUUGCUGUUCCCUGCUUUUCACUUAACCCUGGACUGUCACAUUCACGGACUGAGCGUCUCUUCCAGUGAACUGCCUCAGUGUUCGGACAUUUAAUCAAAACUACUUUGAGCCUCUUGAAUCUCGUUUCGGAGGUCAUUCGUAGUAUCUAACGGGAGGUACAUUUGAUGAAGACUGAAAAAAAAAAAAAAGAAAAAGAGAGAGAUCCUUGUUAUUUAACUCGUGAACAUUAAUUUCCAGAAAUCCUGCUUCCUGAUGAGCGGCAGUAUUUACCAGGUAGACAUUCGCGGUGAUUGUAAAGGACAGAUGAACAAUGCAAUUAUGGAUGUGUGAUGUUGCCCCUAAUUACGCCUACGCGGGUUACACCGAAGACCGUUAGGCUGAGUCACUCUUUUUACCAGCGCCUCUGGCAGCACAUCAUCAGCUGCAGUGGGCCUCUACAUGGCACAUUUGGUCUGUUGCUGAGAGGCAAAGAGACGAUGAAUGGUACAUUUAUUUUUCUCACCAAGACACAGAGGCUCUGUCAGUUUCUUCAGCUAAAAAGAAAAAAGAAAGAAAAGAAAAAAGAGAACAUAAAAAAAAGAAGAAAAUGUGUCUGUAACUGUGAACAGCACACAGGCUUAUUGACUCAAUGGGACAAGGGCUGUCAGCAGCAACGCGUCAAUUUACUAAUUGUCUACUUCUGCUGACCUGUGUGUGUGUGUGUGUGUGUGUGUGUGUGUGUGUGUGUGUGUGUGUGUGUGUGUGUGUGUGUGCAUGCGUGCCUGCAUGUGUGUGUGUGUGUGUGUGUGCGUGCGCGUGUAUGACUUUAAUGUUUUCCUGUAGAAAGUGUCUGGCUGCUAUAUACUACAGAUCAACUGUAAUAUUGAUAUGAACAGAUAUUCUCUGGUGCAGCCAUCUCAUUGCUGUCGGUCACGUGAAAGUUCCACCCGGUGGAAAGAUCAGUAGUAUAUCGCUAUGCUGAGAAAGUCUUACUGAAAGUCUGUGUUUACCCAUGAUAUUGAGUACAUGGCUUUUUAGUGAUCACCCUCAAGGGACCAAAGAGCCUUACAGGACACCAGCCUGACUUAGUGAAAACCUGGCUCUGUGUUGCUUUAAUGAGGUUUUUAUUUGGUGUGUGUGACGAGAGGCAAAGAUUGAAAACACUGUAUUAUUUAUUUCAGAACUAUUUUUGUGUUUUCUGUCCGUUACCUAUUUAUUGUCGAGUUUUAUUCUGAAAAAUCGAGCAAAUGGAAACCGGUCAAAGAGUUAGAACAAUGUACAGAUAUUCUGUUUUGUUUGUUUGUUUUUUUUAAUCUUGAACGAGAGCAAAACCGAUGCCUGUCGUCAAACUCUUGUCAAACAUUUAAGUUCGGAGGACGUGUCUUUGUUGAAAUGAUGGAACGUGGCCUCCGAGUUUUGUGCAUAGUGAAGAAUCUACAAUGCAGCGUCUGUCGUCAUGGCUUCAUCUUAGUUAGAGUACAGUAAAAUCAUGUUCAAUCAGACGUACAAAGACAUUUAUGGAUGUGCAAUUUAUCAGCAACGAGAAAAUCUCUCCUCGUCAGUGCCAAACUUUUAGUGGAAAAGAAAUCAAACAUGAAAAUGCCAACGUCACCCGUAGCCAGUUUCAGUUGGAUGACAACUUCCCCAGAGCUGCUGGGAUAUUUAAAUAACUGAUUGAACCAAAUGGUUGGUAGUGAGAGCUCUGUGCUAUUAUACAACUGUUCCCUGCCCUCAUUUUUGAAAUGACUAUUUUCUCUCUGCAAAUACAGCUAUAGCAACACAAUUAUGACAAAUAAUCGCCGCAGACGUCAUGGAUUCCUGGCUGUUUCCAAUAAACACUUGUUGCAAAUGCUGCUCAAACUACUCACCACUCAUGGUUUUUCUGUGGUGAGACUGCUGCUUUGUUUAUUUUAAAAAGUAAGAAAUAUGGCUUAAAGGUGACAGAUGCAGUAAUCUGUCUCCUGAUCGCCUUCCUUUUCCCCGAAGCCCCCGUGUAUUGUCUGUU